GUGGUGACGCUGUCGGGCUGUCGCUCUGUGUGACGUCACGCGUAAACAGCAGCAGCCAUGACCUCCACACUCAUCAGCAGCCGAGCAGCGAUGUUGCAGUUAAAAAACCGCAUAAGAUACAGCUCACCGGCCAUCGCCGCCGCCAGGCUGUUGUCCUCGGGUCCCGUCAAGAACCCUGUCGUGUUUUUGGACAUCGAGGCCGACAGCGAGCCUCUCGGAAGAAUUUUAAUUGAGUUGAAUGCAGAUGUUGUGCCAAAGACUGCAGAAAACUUCAAAGCGCUAUGCACUGGGGAACAUGGCUUUGGAUACAAAGGAUCUGUGUUUCACAGGAUCAUACCUGAGUUCAUGUGUCAGGGUGGAGAUUUCACCAAACACAAUGGCACUGGAGGGAAAUCUAUAUAUGGGAAAACAUUCAAAGAUGAAAACUUCAAGUUAAAGCAUACUGGCCCAGGAACACUUUCAAUGGCAAAUUCGGGGCCAAACACCAACGGCUCCCAGUUCUUCAUCUGCACGACUAAAACUGAAUGGCUUGAUGGUAAACACGUAGUGUUCGGGCAGGUGAAGGAAGGUAUGGAUGUGGUCAUCAAGAUGGAGUCCUUUGGUUUACAUGACGGUGGUGUGAUCAAGAAAAUUGUCAUCACUGACUGUGGGGAGGUUAAAUAACACUUCAUAACACAUGGAUUUCUGUUGGAUGACUCAAUAUGCAACAGAUCACUACUGACUUUAUCUUUCAACCUGUUUUCAUGAUCCUCUAAAGGAGAAACUGCCCCAGGUGAUUCUGUUUCUCGAUAAAAUCUGAUAUUUUUACUCUUGAUUAUGAUGUUAAAAGACAAAUUUAUCAAAUUUAUUUUUAAUGCCUGAAAUCAGUUAUGAAAUCUUUAUAAUGCGUGUUUGUUAUAAAACUAACAAGACUACGCAACAAGGCAAGACUAGUAGUUAGACUAAUACAUUUUUAUUUUGAGUGGAACAGGUAUAUUGCUUUUCUAUGGUGUACGACUUGUACUUGUGUAUACAUCUUAACGGGACAGUUUAUUUCCUCCCUGCUGUUAGACCAUUUAGGAUGUUUUGGUCUGAGUUGCUGUGUUUGGAAGAUACCAGCUGUAGAGAUGUUCAUAUAUAGUUCUUACAUGAAACUUCUCACAACAAGAUCUCUGGAUUACCUUGAAUAACCGGGUCUGUAUUUUUUUUUUUGGCCAUAUAGCCCGAUUGUAUUCAUGAGCAGGUCGACAUAUGUCCAGAACUCAGAAACUCACACCAAAAUAAUCUAGAUGGAUAAACUGCACUAAAGGUAAGAGAAGGGGUGAACUGUCUCUUGAAAUCAUCCACUAUGUUAUUGUGCAAUUACUUUCCCAUUCAUUGCCAAAUAAAAUGACUAUUUUCAGAUUUUA